UCUCUUCUCCCCCACCCCUCCUCCCCAAAAACGCGACCAUGCGCUCCUCUCCCCUUCCCCUUCUCCUCUCUCUCCUCCUCCUCCUCUUCUCCACCUCCUCAUCUCUCUCCUCCCCCGACGAGUUCACAGUCGAUUCCCACCCUUCCAAGCUCCUGCUCCCCCUCGGCCGCCUCGUCGACCCCUCCCCCGGCUCCCGCCCCCUCGCCUGCGCCCGCGUCCACAUCCGCGGCCUCUCCCGGCUCCGCAACCCGUGCAGGUUCGCCCACGCGCUCAGGGUCUCCGUCGACGUCCCCCAAGGCGACGGCCUUUUCCGGGUCCAGAGCGUCGAGCUCUGCUUCCACCGGAACGCGUCGAUUGGGAUCGGGACGUGCCCGGCGUCCCAGUGGCAGAAGCUUUCGAAGAGUUCGUGGGUUCAAUCCAUGUCGCCUUACGAGCACAGGAUUUUGGAUAUUCGGAUGCCGCCGGAUCCCUCGAGGACCAUUGAGGUCUCCACUGCGGAAGAGUUUGUGCUUUUUAGGGUUGUUUUCCUGGUAGUGGGAAUGGUCAUGAUGGCGACAGCUCACACCUUAAGUGAGUCUGUGGUGUUCUAUUAUGGCGGUGCAAUGACAAUUGGCAUCAUCCUGGUGAUACUGAUGAUCCUUUUUCAGGGAAUGAGGCUACUACCGACAGGUCGAAAGAGCUCUCUUGCAAUAUUUAUGUACUCAUCAGCUGUGGGUGUUACAACCUUUCUUCUCAGUUAUUUGUCUGGGUUUUUGCGAUCAAUUCUUGUGGAGAUAGGAAUUAGUGAAGAUAUGCACUAUCCUUUGGGUAUAAUAAUUCUCGUAUGCAUCGUUUUGGCUGGAGCUUGGUUUGGUUUUUGGGGUGUUCGGAAGCUUGUUCUAACAGAGGAAGGAUCAGUUGACUCUAGUGUGGCUUAUUUUGUUGAAUGGUCAAUUAUGAUUCUUUCUGCUGUAAUGAUACUCCAGAGCUCUCUGGAUGUGGUGUUUGCAAUUGCAGCUUUGGGUUUCUCUGUCCUAAUAACAGCCAUAACGAGGAAUCAUGGAAAAUCGAGAUUCUUACGUCGCCUGGUCAGGCGGAUUAUCAAGAGUGUUCAAAGAACUCGACUUAAUGCAUCGCCCCCAAAAUAUUCUCAUGAAGAAUACUUGAACAAUUACGACCGUCCAGUAUAUGAAUCACCUCCUUGGCCUCGCAAAUACUCUGGACUCACUUCUUGCAGUUCCCCUAUUUUAGGUUUAACCAGGACGCCACCGCAAAGGCGAGCGGAGGAUAACUAUUUUUCCACCUUUCACAAUACUCCUGAGAGGAGGAAGAUGUCGAAAGAAGAAUGGGAGACAUUCACUAAAGAGCAGACUAAGAAGGCGGUGGAUGAGCUAGUGUCUUCUCCAGAUUUCAAUCGGUGGGUAGUAGCUAACGCCAACAGGAUAUCUGUGACUCCACCUGGAACUAGCAGUAGCGCGCAGAGGCAACGGCUUUUCCGCUGGUUCUAAGCACUAGCCAAAUUCUCUCUUUUAGUUUUGGCCCUCCGUGUACGAGAGUUGGUUGCAGAUAAAUCAACUAGCAACACUGCAAAGCUGCGAUCUCUCACAAGUUUGCUAGUGCUGAUAUUUCCUGUACAAUUCUUGCAUCUCCACCACAGCACCCCUGCUCACUUAUACUUCAUUUUGGGGUACCGAGUUUUUCUUUUUUGUCUUAAUCUUCCGGGGUUUCGAAAGAAGAAUAGUUCACUUUCUGCUUUUGUCAGGUUUUCAUGUCACUGCAAUUUGUUGAGUCCUUUAGAUCCUUGAGAGAGGAUGCUGGUGUUGUAAUUGGUGUAUAUUUUUUAUUGCCGUUGGGCAUUAUAUUUUUCUGUGCAAACUUGCGCAUGCUGGACGCAAUGUUUUGCUAUGCUUUUAGCUGCAAUGUUUUGCUAUGCUUUUAGCUACCAGUUAUCGCAAAAGCCUCAGAGACUUUGCAUGCCUAAGUGUAAAGAAGAAUUUUGGGUGUAGUUUGAGAUACUGCACCUCAUUUUGUCAAUCGAUGUUUGGCUUGAGACGCCGAACAUCAUCGUCAACCUAUGUUUCUUAUCACAACCAUGUGCUAUUGUUAGUCUUGAAUUCUCGGAAUUGAUUUGUUAUGUCAUUUUGCUACGGCAUAUUUUGCGGCU